CAAGUAUCUAACUUUUAUACAUUGGAUAAUGUACCUGGCAGCAAAUUUUCAAUUGUUAAAUUAGAAGCAGUAUUGUUUUUUACGAGGUAUAAACUGCCGGUUUCCAUUUUGUUAUGGAUUCUUCAGAGAGUGAUAUUACUUCAUUGGCAAGAGUAACUGAAGAUGGUAGUAGAAAACCUACCAAAAGGUUGGGUAGCUGGUAUAGAGAAAUCACUUCAAAGAAAACAAGACCAGAGAAGAUAAUGGAUAAUGAAGAAGAACUCCCUGAUGAUUUGACUGAUGAUAAACUGCAUCAACAGUCAUUGGAGAGCACUGAUAAUAAUUCACAGCUUUUACUUAGAGGAAGUUUGAGUAGCUUUCAAAAUUCUCUUGAUUCUGCAUCUGAUACUACCAUAAGAAAUUUUCCGAGAGGGAGUGAGAAACGUGUACUAAAUCCUGAUAUCCUGUGUCUUUCUAUGAAAAAACUGAAACUGUGUGAAUUUGAACCCCUAAAGCUGCCACAGGAUGAUGGAAGCUUUGUUGUUGAUCAACAAUUGAUUUCAAAAGUGGAAUCCUCUCUUUUAGAGAAAUCAGAAAACUUAUGUGCAGCUGAAGAUCCUACGAUAUUUGACGCUUGUGCAUCAGAUUCCUCAACUGAUUUAAUUUCCCUCGGAAAUAGUCUGCAAUCUGAUCUUGUCACCUUGCCUGAUGAAUCAAAUCAAAUCAAGUCAGCUGGAAACAAAGAUCAACUCUGUUCAGUAGAAAAUUCAGAUGAAAACUUGAAAGAAAAAUGCGGUCUUAAUCCUAAUGAUGCUUUUCGUGUGUUACUUAGUCUUGAUGACGAUGAUGAACCUGAAGGAUUUUUAUGUGAAAACAGAAUAUUUUGUUCAAAUUGUACUGAUGGGCCUUCAGAAGAUGAACUGCUUUUCCGAGCUUUAAGAAAUGUUUUUAAGAAGAAACUGAAGAAUUUUACCAGCCAAACAAAAAGCCUGGACUUCGACCAAACGUUUGAUAAAGAUAAGUUUAAAAAUCAUGGCAAACAAUACAGCCAAGACUGCUCAGAAUUGGAUAUAUUUGAGGAUCGAUACAAAGAUACAUGCUUAAAUUCAAAUUCAACAUCAGAGGCACAAUGUCAGGAACUAGAGACUACAGAAGAACUUGUGGCAUGCCCACCAAUGAGUUCAAAAAAUGGUACAAAAGAAAAGAAAUGCACAAUUAAAUCUCCAUCAUCUGUUUCUUUCAAUGAAAAAGCUAAGGAGCAACUUCAUGUUGGUAAAAUAACAAAAGCAGUUGAAUGUUCCAAACCCUGUUCAUCUGGCAAAGAAGGUAGGUCAAAACGAAGUUCUGAUGAUUCCAAAGAGAUGGAAGAAAUACCUUCACUGCUGUCAUUCAUCCAAAAGUCUGGCCCUGAGACUGUGAUCAAAAGAUUAACCAAAAAUAGAAAAAUAAAUCUUUUGGAAGCCAGUCAAUUGCCAUCUUUUAAAAAAAGUGUUUCGAUUGAUUCUCCAACAGAUCAUAUUUUCCCGAUGGAUAUGGAAAACAUAAUGAAGUUGUUCGAAACAGCUCCUGCUGAAUCAAAUAUAUCUGGUAGUGCAAAUAAUUCUACUAAUGGAACUAAGUAACUUGUUGAAAGGGAUACUCGUGUAUUUAAUGAUGGAGAUGAUGAUAUAAAAAUGGUUAGUUUAGAAUAUGAAUGUCUUUUAGAGAGAACAACAACGCAUCUUUUUCUUUUUGUCUCCUAUUUGAAAAGCUUUCUUUCUGAAGAUUUUUCCUAAAAAAAUCAAAUUGCAAGUUUUUUCUCUUUUUUUACUGUUUUAUUAUAUGGAGUAUAUUUUUUGGAAUUGUGGAAUUUCUCAAUAGACUACAUCACACUGUUCAUUUCAGUAGUCUGAAACGACACAUUUUUUGAUGAUCUUAUUAAGGGGAAAUAUGUAAAAUGAUGAGAGCAUUUACAGAAUUCUUUGACCUUGAUUUUCGCCCUAUUAGAUACUUUUUUGUUCAUUUUUUUUUCACGUGUGUUUGAGUAUCAUGUCAUUUUUUACAGUAUUAUUUUAAUUCAUUCUGCAAAUAAUCUGGUUUUAUUUUAUUAUUACAUGCAAAUAUCUCUUCCUUUCAUCUUUCCUCUCACCCCUAUUUUGAUGAAUUAAGUCCAUCCUAAUGCAUGCACAAAAGCGGUAAGUGUUUUAGAAUUCGUUGUCAAACAAUAAAUUACAUGUAUCAUUAUUGAAUCGUGCACAAACAUAGUGUAGAAUAUCAGAUGUGUAGAUUAGUGGAUCAGAACUUGUGUGUGUAGUUAUGUUGAUGUUAUAUAUAAUAUGCAUAUUAGAUAAGGAAAGGUUUGAUAUUCUCAUAUUAAUAUAAAGUAUAGUUUUGGAAAAUGUCAAUCUAUUUUCCGUUUAAACUUCUUUGAAAUUUCUGGUCAGUCCAGAAUGCAUUUUGUAUAAUUUCAGAAUUGAUUUUCAAAUAAAUCCCUCCAAUCAAUUAUAAUUAUGUAGAAUGUAAAAGGGAAAAAGCACCUUUAUGAAUGAUUGGCUUUGAGAAGAAAAUUUAUUUUGUUUUAAGAUGUGGUUCUUUGCACAGCUUUUAUAGUUUACGAUUUAAUAUUUUCAAUUAAGGGACAAUAAAUUAUACAGCCAGAUUACUUUUUUGAUAAUCCAGUAGAUGUAUUCUUACAAGUGUUUUGUUUAGCAUACUAGCUUUAAUUUUUUUUAAAAUUUUAAAUGUGUAUUAUUUUUCCCUAUGCUUUUGUAUUUAAGAAUUAUUUUCUUUAAAUAUAAACUUCUUAUGUAUCAAACUUUGUUUAAUUGUUUUCAAAUUGAUAAUUUGGAUACUUUUAUUGAAAUCAAUUGAAGAUCUAUAUUUACAUCCAUUAAGAAGAAAAAUGUUUUGAAUUUCUAUUGAAAAAAGUACAAUGUUGAGAUGUUUACAUUGAAAUGCAUUUUUAUUAUUCACUUUUUCUUUUGUGUUCUUUGAAUUUUGUUUGAAAUUUUAUUGAUCUACUGAUUUAGAAACUACUUAUCGUAUGUUUUUAAAGUGUUCCCAAACAGAUUAAGAAAGAAAAAUAAUUAAUGUAAUUUAUUGGAAAUUAGCGAAUUUGACUCAUCAGCUAUUUCCCAUUGAUAUGAAAAAAUCUAAUCCUUAUUUGUUUUGUAAGAAAAUUUCCUUAAUUUAAGGUAAUAUAUAAAAUUUUCUUUUCAACAAAUGGGAAGCAAUUUGAUGUUUAUCCUUUAUCUGGUUUUAUAUAUUUAUUACAUUAGAAUAAUGCUGCAAAAUGUACUUUAUUGAAAUUUAAUGUAUUAAAACAUUUUUGCCGACUAAUAAUUGAAU